CUCCUGGUUUGGUUGCAAAAUGGGUUCUAGAAUUCGGGAUACUCCGCGCCACAUCUUUGAAGCAUUUCUUGAGAUAAUUCCUUCUCAGACAGAGAGUGAGCAGCCCUGGAUAAUACAAACCUUCCCCACCUCGUACAAGGAGAAGGAAACCGAUAUUCUUAAAUCUGUUCCUCAGUUCGCAUUCCCUUGCAAGUUCCCUAUAUCGAAUGUUGAACACUUCUCCUUCGUUCUAACCAAUCUUGAGGCUAAAUGGACGUUUGGAUUCUGUCGGUAUGCUCCGAACGGAGAAACCGCUCUCGUCCUACUCAGUUCUCUUCCUUGGCAUGAAUUCUUCUAUAAACUUCUUAACCUCUGUUCAGACCAAAUCCAGAACAAGGAUUCAGGAGAAUUAUGGAGGUUUCUAGAGCGUGUAUAUGAUAGUAAACUUCCUCCUCCUGGGUUAACCUUCCACCUGGAGUACGGUCAGGGUCAGGUUUUCACGUCUCCGAUACCAAACCCGCUAAACCUUCCCAGUAUACCGGAGAAUAGGAACCUCACUGAGUACUAUAAUGCUGUAGACACGAACAAUAUGCUGAUUAUAUUUGCAUCUAUGCUCACGGAGCGGAGAAUAAUAGUGACAAGUAAAAAGCUGUCAAGGCUAUCCGCCUGUGUUCAAGCAGCAAACUCAAUCAUUUAUCCAAUGUCUUGGCAACAUAUUUUCAUUCCAGUUCUUCCGGUUCAGCUUAUGGACUAUCUAUGUGCUCCGAUGCCAUUUCUUAUCGGGGUUCCGGAGCCUAUUAUGAAGCGGACCCGGAGAUCUGAACUUGGUGACGUGGUUAUAUUGGACGCGGAUAAUAACAGGGUUGAAACUCCGUUCGACGAUCUGGAAAGUCUUCCCUCCGAGGUUUUUUCAAACCUAAAAAAAAGUUUAAAAUCUCCUGCAAACCUUCUUGGUGAAAGCGUUGCACGCGCCUUUCUCCAGGCGCUUGUUCAUCUCAUCGGUGGAUACAGAGACGCACUCAAGCAUCGACAAGGAGAGAGAAUAACGUUUAGUGAAGAUGAUUUUAUCCUGUCUAGAUCCAGUAGUGUUCAACCUUUUCUGGUUAAGAUGCUAGAACUCCAAAUAUUUAGACAGUUUAUAGAAGAAAGAUUGAUUCUUCUCAACUCUGGGAAAAGUUUCUCCGACGAGUUUGAACUUGAAUGUAUCGGGUUCACGGAGAAACCGAACAAAAAGUUUACAGUUAUCAAACAAAAUGUAAGAAAAGAAAGCGGCGCACUAGUUAAGAAAGUGAAGAACAAAGCUAACCCUGCGGUAAAAGACGCAAUGAAGAACGUGAUGGAUGGAAGUAAAAUAGCUAAAUCGAAAGCUAAAGCUACCUACAGAGAUGUCAAGUCAAGAUGGAAUAAUAAAGAGGAAAUGCAUACUGAGUCUGGUCCAUACAGUGCUCCAUCAUCUCCGGUUCAAAGUCGGAGUUCUACAUUAAACAAAUACGGAACUAUUUCUAAUUCCCAGUUUCCGAGACAGAACACGGAUUUAAACUUUGGACGGGUUUUGAAAUAUGAAAGAUUUGAUCCGACCUCGACGCCGGACGGUUUUAGCCCGGAUAUGGAGGAUCUCCCAAGGUUAGAAAUCGAUCUAAUGAAUGACAUUGAUGAGAUCUUGAACCGGAACAAGGCCAGAGAACUGCCCAGCACCAGCUCAGCACAGGAAACUGAAAGAACUAGCGGAACCUCGUCCCGGAAAUCGUCCGUUGGAGAUUUGAUAAAUCUGGGGAGCGAAUCUGACGAUAUAAUCUUUGAUCCGUUGGCCAGCUCCAACUCCAGGUCUGAUCAGAGCAGUCACAAGAAGAAACUCUCUAGAACCACAAACCCCUACAUAUCCGUGACUAACUCUACCCUGCCAGACCGACUGACCGCUAGUGCUGGGAAGUAUGAGAACUAUGUUCCUCCUGGGGGAGGAAACCAACCUCAGUUUAAACAGUUCCUAACAUCAAUGACGGAGCAAAAUCAACCUUCAACCCGGUCCUCGGAGGAUCUGCUCAGCGAGUACGGUUUACACUUCUCCAAGAUGAGUGUACAGAGUUCACAAACUCCUAGUCCUAUCCUGUAUAAUACUGUUUUUACUCCUAGUCCGUCCUUAUCUCAGCAACCUACUCUCUCCGGGUCCGGUGCAUCCUACUCCAGACCUAGUUUCCAAACAAACGGAAUUGUCUCCUCCACCCCUCUAGUUCCUCCCCGCGUUCCCUCCAUAUCUAAACCUAACAAUAGUUUUCUCUACAACUCUCCAAACAUCCCUGCAUCCUUCAAACCAGGACUAUUAGACUCUACGGAGAUGCCAGUGAACCAGAGACUGCCUGGUAGCUCCGAUAUCCUUGCUGAACUAGAUCCUCUCCGUAAACCUACUCCUAGUAGAUCUAAUCCUUCUCCUAGAAUGGAUCCCAUCCCUCCUGCUGUCCCACCUAGAUCAAAGAAACAAUGGACUACUUUUGAUUGAUGGCAGUUUUUCUUCAAGAAAAAAAGACGAUCCUUGCUUUUUAACUUUUUUAUAUUUUACGUUUUUUAUAUCUUUUUAUAAGAAUUU